AUGCCGACUGGCUUAUUCCGUCCAAUGGGUCCCGAUGCGGACGAUGCGGAAGUAGACGAUAGCUAUGAAAAGGAAAUCAACGAGCUUUUACCCUCAAUAAUUGACUCGCGCAGGCAUAUGCACUACAUCCAGCUUAGCCAAGAAGGAUUGGUCGCCACUUUUGUGGGAAAAGGUGAUUACACCGAUGUUGGGGCAGUCCAGUCGGAUCAUGCCUUCCCUAGAACUUGCCCCAUCGCGUAUUAUGAGAUCCGCAUUCUGAAAGCUGCAGCCGUCCGACCCCAGAUUUGCGUUGGCCUUGCACCGGCCUCUACACUUCUCAAUAGGACUCCAGGUCUUGAGCCGAGAUCGGUCGGUUACCGUGCAGAAGACGGGAGGUGUCACUACCGUAAAGGCCGCACAGGGCCAAGUUCCUCCGACUCUGUCAACUGGGAGCCCUUUGGCCCCGCCUAUGGGCAGGGAGAUAUCCGUCAACUGCUAGAGGAGCGUCAGCUUAUCAGGCAAGAGCAUCUGCUGCCUUCUGUCCUGCAAUCGCUUGUUCGCUCCUAUUUGCUCCACAGCGGCUUUUUGAAAACCCUUCGCGCAUUCGACAGGGCCACUUCUGAACAGCAAGGCAAGGUUCGUAGCCUGCUCUCCUUCUUUGUCGGCUCACUCACAGGCGAAGGAGAUAUUUGCACGGAGGGAGCGCCACAGGAUACUGUAAAAGCGAUGAGGGAAACUCCGCAAGCGACGGGGGCUCCAGAUGAGGAAAUGUACAGCCUGGCCAAGAGUAUUAAUGCAAGAAGCACCACCAACACCCACAGCAACGCUAACAGCGACAAAAGUCAGAGUCCUGAGAGUGCGACUGCAGAUUACCUUUCUCAAGAAGUAAGGCUUUGGAAAUAUCUCUCCUCCGACGGAAGGAGGCGCGAAGGAAGACAGGCACAGCAGAUGGAGAGGGCGAUACGGGCGCUUGCUGAGAUAUCUAUUCUGUCCAUUACUUAUUGGCUAGAAAAAAACGGGGGGAAAAAGCACAGCAAAGAAGAUCAAGAGGCCGUACUAGACAUGUGGCCUGCAGCCGUGUCUAGGAGACUGAGCCGCUCCCUCGUGAGGCGAGCCGAUGUUGUGGCGUUGAUCAUGGAGGGUCGCAUCUCCGAGGCGGUAUUGUUCCUUGCAGAACAUUUUCCUCUCGUUCUCGAACCCACAACUUGGGCAGAUGAGAAUGAGACUAUCGACUCGCCGUGUGCUUGUAAAGCCCUUUUGAUUUUUAAUACUUUUGCUGCCUCGAAGCGGAUGCUUCAUGGCUACUCAUUCGCUCUUGAUUUUCCAUGCGUUCAGGAUGACGCCUCUUGUUUAGCUCGCGCCCUCCUAUACACGCAGGAAGUAGUUGAAUGCAUUCGCCCUCCAAACGGAGAUUUUACGGCUGCCAUUCGCUGCAUGCAAAGUAGAAUAGCGCCUCUCACUUCACAGGUUCCUCCUUUUAUUCAAAAGGCCAUCAAAGUAAGGCUUUACUCGUGGGCUACGAAGGACAGCUCCCAUCACUUGCUAGAUAGAAACCAGGGAGAAAGUGAAACAUUCACCAGUUCUGCAGAUUUUGGUCACAUAGCAAAGAAACGUUGA